ACCAUACUUUUGUGUUAAAUUAUUGAAGUUACUGCCUACUGUAGCAUUGAUAAUUUGAUAAUAAUCGUUCAUCCUCGUUUGAGUAACUAUGUACAAUCCUCUGAUUGCUUUAGCAGUUGCCGUCGUAUUUUUAUCAAUCUCCUUAUCUUAUUUUAAAAUAUUAAAUUUUCACACAGGUCCAAUGGCAUGUAACGGCAUUCUAUUUGUGUCGAAUGCAAGCAGGGCGUAUAACUUAAGCUUAAAAUCAAUAAGAUAUGUGAAAGAUGUUUUGUAUAUAAAUUAUUUUGGCAAAAAGGAGAACUCAAUAUCAGUGUUGAGUAAACAAAUUGAGGAUAUCUAUUCCAAGGUGGCUGUACAAAGACCAAAUUUAGAUGUAAGAUUUAUGCUUAAAGCAAUAACAGAGCAAGAAAUAAAGACUAGCCAUAAUGUAGAUUUAUUGCUAUUUGACAUGGACUUAUCAUGCAAAAUGGAUACACUUCGAACGAAAAUCAAUAAGAAACACAUAAAAACACAGUGUGUUGAAAGUGAAGAUAAUGUAGAGAGUGUAAUUGAUGAGCAAGACGUAAAUUCAUAUGAUUGUGUUGUUUUGGGAGGAACAUUUGACAGGUUGCAUAAUGGACAUAAGAUUCUCUUAUCACAAUCUGUUUUGAGGGCCAAGAAGCAUGUAACUGUUGGAGUUACCGAUGUAAAUAUGAUUAAGUCCAAAACUUUGUGGGAACUAAUUCAACCGAUAGAGGAAAGAAUAGCAGCAGUUUAUGAUUUUCUAACAGACAUUGAUCCUGAUUUGGAGUAUAAUGUAGUGCCUAUAAGUGACAUGUAUGGACCGACUAAAGAUGAUCCUAGAUUACAAUUAUUAGUUUUAAGUGAGGAAACAGCCCGUGCGGCGGGCAAGAUCAAUGAUAAGAGGAAAGAGAACGGUUUGAAAGAAUUAGAAGUGUUUACAAUCGGUCUCGCGAAGGAUGAGCGGAAGGCGGCUGAGGAAGAAGCUAAACUGAGCUCGAGUAACCAGAGAAUGAGAUUGCUGGGUACUUUCUUGAGGCCACCACAGGCGAACCCUAAUAUUCCCGAUUGGCCUUAUGUGAUCGGAUUGGCUGGCGGUAUUGCCAGUGGUAAAAGCAGCAUUAUUGACAAGUUAAAACUAAAAGGCGCUGCAACAAUAAACUGUGACACGAUAGCACACGACCUGUACCGGCCCGGCUUGACGCUCAACAGAACGUUGGCUGACACGUUUGGUGAUGAGAUCAUAACGUCAUCUGGUGAAGUUGACCGGAGCAGGCUGGGACAAAUCGUCUUUAGUGAUAAGAAUCAAUUGGAAACGUUAAAUAAGAUAGUGUGGCCAGCCGUGAUAAACGAAGCUAAGAAUAGGAUAAGGGCGCUCGGAGAGCAGGGCCAUAGAGUAGUUGUGAUGGAAGCGGCUGUGAUGGUGAGAGCCAAGUGGUACGAGUACUGCCACCAGCUCUGGUCUGUCAUCAUACCACCUGAAGAGGCAGUACGUCGACUGCAAGAGCGAAAUGGCCUGACGGAAGAGCAAGCGAGACAACGCAUCGCCGCGCAACCGACCAAUCAGGAGCAAGUGGCCAUCGCGAACGUCGUGUUUAGUCCGUACUGGAGCUACGAGCACACACAGGCACAGAUCGACCGCGUGUGGACCGAGCUGGAACGAUACCUCAGCGACAGACACUGAAUGCGGCAUAUUUAUAGGAAGUAACAAUGAAAUCAUAAUUAAAAUUUGUACAUAUUGUUGAAUAGUCGGCAAGAAAUAAAAAAGGGCACUUAUCGUUAAUGGCCUUACAUUUUUUGGCCAGAAAUGUAUUAAUUUACUCACUGGUACCAUGGGAAAUUUACUCACUACAUCACUCGUCUAUAACUGACCAUAAUUUACCAAUAGGAAAUCAAGUUUUUAAGUUGUAGCAAUAUUUACGCCCAGUCUUAUAAUACACUGACGUUUUAAUUCUUACUCACUUAAAUAGCCACUUAAGAGGAUAACCCUUCAUAAUGCUUUCUAUAAGUUAACCCGCCAUUAUAGCGGAUAUAACGGUGCUGAAAUAGCGAACUCGACGAUAAAAAUGAUUUUCUGGUGAUGGCCUAAUGAUAAAAUGCGGUCCCAAUUAAUCUCCUAGGUGUAUAUUGUCGUGGAAAGGAUAAAAAAUCUCAAUAAAGACAUGAAUUCCCUUAAUUAAAGCCUCAAUGUAGACGCCCAAGCACUUUCUCUGCCAGCUUUAGAAAAAGCCAAUACAGCUUAAUUGUCAAGCAGCGUAUAUCACGCUAAAGGUCCUUCGAAGCUAUUAAACAUCGUCUUGUCAAUAGCUCAGCAGUGUCGGGUGGAACCGCUCUUGCCUAUUGUCCUUUGAGCUUAUCAAAGAUAAAAAUAUCCCAUAAGUGACUAAUUAGGUGUAGUGAACUUUGUGUUAUGUAUAAUUAAACAAAUUAAGAUAUAAUAUUGUAUAAGAAAGAGGGUAUGGUGAUUAUAAAGGUCUGUGCCCACUACAGCAGUUUACCGUGCCAUGGAGGUAUCAAAAAAAGAACACGGCCCGAUUUAGGCUACUGGAGGCCACAGUAUGAUUUCAUAAAAAUGAACUAAUAUGAAGUGACUCUUUCCAUCCAAUUAAACAAAUACUUGGAUAUUAAAUUGCACAUAAAAAAUUUAAAAUAAAAUCAAAAUCACUUUAUAUUAUGUAGAUCAAGAGAAUUAGUGACAAUUGAAUGUAUGAAUGUCAAACGUUUUCUUUUAUUUCUACAUUUACCACCACUUUGGAAAAGGUUGAGUUUUAAUAAGAAGCAGUGGCAAGAAACUCAUUGCCACUCUUUUAAAUCAAAAUUUUUCAGCUUCAUCGUUUUGCAAAGCAAUUCAAUAUGUAAAGUGAUACAAAAAAAAUACUCAAACGGCAAAUACACGAAUAAGUAAAAAAAAAGGAAAUGUAACUUAAUAAUUAAAAACACAAGAGUUAUUGAGUACAGUAGAUGCAGAUAAAUCUAGAUUCCCACACAUUUAUUUAAUUUCUUAUAAAUGAAUAUAUUUUCAAUAACUUGUCACAUGGACUCUAUAUUUACCUAUUACAUGAUAAUUGAUGAGCCGGCAAACGUUUUGCCAUAUAAGUUAAGUACCCCGCGCCCGCUCAUUGUAUGAAAUGUUAUUGACUGAAUUAUUUGUAUUGCGUUUAUAUAGGUAUUUAUAACUCAAACAAAUAUAGGUUCCGGAUAAAUAAUCACUAACAUUAUACAUCAUACAAAACCUAUUAUUCUGAUCGGUUCAGUAGUUCUUGGAGCAUAACCAAAGAAAAACUUGCUGUCCAUUUAUUAGUAUAGAAUUGUGACUACGUUCGGAAACGCCGAGUGUUAUGACUUGGAUAACAAACAAGUACAUUAUAUUCAAAUAAACUUAUUAUUUGUAUUAUGUUAAUGCGCAUGAUCCAGAAAGUAAGAUAUCUAAAAAGCGUUUUUCAACGUACUGUAUUAGUGUUAAAGAUUAUAAACUACGGUUGGUAGCCCUAGUUGAUUACUCCAUGCACUGGCACAUGCAUGCCACUGGACUGGCGGCUGUCAAAGUACAUUUGUGCCUGUUUGAUAUUCGCCAUCUUGGCGCUGUUGGCCAUGUAGCGAGAGAUUGCGGUACUAAAACUAGUGAUGACAACCUCAGCAAACAUCGAUAGAUGGUGGGAAACUAUUUACAAAAAAAAGGUGUACUUCAUUACGUUGAUUCUUAAAGUAUAAAUAAAUCGGAAAAGUAACGAAAUUAGUUCAAAAUGCAAAAAUACUUCAGAGUAUUGUACGUUCCUUCGCAGCCAUUUGUAUUAUACAUCAAAAUUAGUUGUCUGGACGAGCGAGUGGCGCUUCAAAUAGGCACAAAAAAUUUGCUGUCAAACAUAUGGAACAGCAUGUCCAGUGGUAUUUAUACAGGUCAGUGACUCCAUGCGUUCCUGAGAAAUUCUUCAUGACAAACUGUCAGAUGGAUAUACUAGAUAAUAUUUUCGCAUGUAUCAAUCAGUAAAAUACGGACAGUACGCAUUAGUGGGAAGAGACCUUAAGCGAAUACAGGGACAAUAUUGUUAUAUUAUAAUUUAUUAUUACUUUUGUUAUUGGUGUAUAAUGGAAUAGUAAAAGGUAUUUAGUUGGCUUUUUAAUUUUACUUUUUUUUACUAGAUAUUAAACAAUGUUGUUAGGUCUCUUGAGAGUAUUUGUUAAAACAAUCAUUGGUUAGUAAUAUCUUGCCAUUGUACUACCAAUUAAAAUGUUAUUAUAA